AUGCCUGCCCAGACCCAACAUGUAGAAGGUUCUACUAGCUUCACCAGAUCAGAUGUUGACCCUAUAAAGACAAGUACCAUUCCUGCUCUGGAGAAUAGAUCAUCUGAGAUAGGAGCUUCAUCCUUGAAACAAGAAUUUACUGAUGGUUAUCCAAAGGAUACUGGCAGUGAAGUGUACAGUAAUGCCACUGUAACAAGCAUUAUGGAUGGUAUUAGUAGUAUUGCUACAAAGUAUCCUCACACUGCAUGCUGUGGAUGUAGAGUUGUUGAGUGUUCUUUAGAGAACACAUGUAAUGAGUGUGAAAGAUUGAGUGCUCAGGAAUGGAGGACUCUAACUUCUUACUUGAAGAAGUUAGAGAAAGAUAGAGAGAGGAAGGCGGCUUACAAAAGCCGUAGCAGAUCUAGAUCUCAUGAACCCCUGCCUAGUUCUGUAGCUUCUUCUUCUCAUAAUUAUUCUCCUUCUUUAUCAGGCCGAUCACAGAUUGCUAAUCUCUCUGAUUCGGCUUCUGAAAUUGCAGAACUCAAAGCUUCCCUUCAAAAAAUGCAGGAAAAAAUGGCAGCAUUGGAGGGUAAGCAAAGUGAAGGUGAUUUUUCAAGUGAUAUAAGUGUCCCCAGUGUAGUGGAGCCUGGUUGUCUCUGCGACGCUCCCAGGCCUAGACCUCUUCCAAGCUCCCUGGCCCAGAGGAGAAGGAAAGUUGAAAGCCAAUCUGUUACAUCUCAGACUGCCAGGGAUCGCUACAGAAAAAGCAUCCUACGAGAGUGCUUUUCGUCAUCAGGAUCGCCUUCACCGAAAAGAGGAUGGAAAGAUACGAAGCUUUCCCAUCCGCUGAAGAGAAACUGGAAAGAGCCUGAAUUGAACUCUAGCCCCGAGCGCUUUUCUGAAGAAGCGCCUUCGGUAGUAAAGAGAGCUAGAAAGGAGUUAACUCCCUGGGCGGUAAGGGAGUCUCUAGCGCCUUCCAGAUUUCCCUCUCCUGCUUUGGAUGAAGAAGAGUCCUCUACCAGGAAGAUUUUAAUAAAUAUGCAGGAACAACUAGCGUCAUUGGUAGGAGUCCUCUCCAAGGAGCCUUCUCGCAGAAAGGACGAUAAGCUUCCUGUAAAAAGAUCUAGACACCGAUCACCUGUCAGGAGCAACAAGCCUUCCAGGGGAAAUUGUCGCACAGGCGGCCAUCUCUGGGGGGAGCGAAGCACCAGGCAGGCGAGAAGUGGAAAAGGAAGAAACUCCUGCCAAGCGCCUGGCGCCAACCAGAAGCCAGGCGCCAAGCGCCAGGAGUAUUCCGAGCGAGAUGCGCCUGCUAAGCGCCAGGCGACUAUACAAGAAGAUCCUGACAAGCGCCAGGAGUCAAUUAGGCGCCAGGCGCAAAUUAUCCAAGACUCUCCUAAGGAUAGGCGUAGGGAGGAAAUAGCCCUUAGUCCCUCGCCUGUUAGAAGUUUUUCUUUUACGGAAAGGAAGAAGUCAAAGGAGGAGACAGACGAAAGAAGGGAGCUUUCUCCUUCUGAUCCUCUCAACUUAGAGGACCUUUCGGAAGACGAGUCCUCCAUCUAA